GAUGGUCACCCUCCUCGGACGCAGACAUUUUGGAUCCUGGCAGAAGAGCUGGAAACGGCGGGGACCACUACCAAGUCAGGCCGCACCGCCCCGGAAUGUGAGCGCAAAAGAGCUCCGGUGGGAGCGACAAAAGCAAGCGGCGGGGCGAUCCGCGAGCCUCCUCUCGGCAGAACAAGCUUUCAAAGAGUUGCCCACCGCCCUGCCCUCAUCUGAGAUGGCGGCUCCGCGGGCGCUCUAGCCGGCGCCUCUCCAAUUCCCAGAGGGGGCGGCGGCUUCGCCACUGGCUCUGAGGCGGCUGCAACGCCGGUCGCCACGAGCGUGGGUUCUGCCCCAGCCUUUGGUGGCCUCGCGUACGUGGACGUGGGGGGUCUCGGGCCUCUCCCCUUCCCCAGCCGGAAUCCCGGCCUCGCGGCCGCCUCAGCCGCAGCCGCUCCGGGCGCCGCCCCGCGCCGGCCGGCUGUAACCGCGCCUCGGGCCGGACGAUGCCCAAGAAGCUGCUGCUGCUGCCCCCGCUCUCGGCGUCCUCGACUCUCCGCGCCCCGCGAGCCAGCCCCGCCGCCCGCCCGGCCAUGAACGCCGCCCGCACCGGCUACCGGGUCUUCUCGGCCAACUCCACGGCCGCCUGCACCGAGCUGGCCAAGCGCAUAACCGAGCGUCUUGGUGCGGAAUUGGGGAAAUCUGUGGUCUAUCAAGAGACCAAUGGAGAAACAAGAGUUGAAAUAAAAGAAUCUGUUCGUGGCCAAGAUAUUUUCAUUAUACAAACAAUACCCAGAGAUGUGAAUACCGCCGUGAUGGAGUUACUGAUCAUGGCUUACGCGCUGAAGACGGCCUGUGCCAGGAACAUUAUCGGAGUCAUCCCCUACUUCCCCUACAGCAAGCAGAGCAAGAUGAGGAAGAGGGGCUCCAUUGUGUGCAAGCUCCUGGCGUCCAUGCUGGCGAAAGCAGGUUUAACUCACAUUAUCACUAUGGAUCUUCAUCAAAAGGAAAUACAAGGCUUUUUCAGCUUUCCUGUGGACAACCUUAGAGCCUCACCUUUCCUGCUUCAGUAUAUCCAGGAAGAAAUCCCAAAUUACAGGAAUGCAGUCAUUGUAGCGAAGUCUCCUGAUGCGGCCAAAAGGGCGCAGUCAUAUGCGGAGAGACUCCGUCUGGGGUUGGCUGUAAUCCACGGAGAAGCCCAGUGUACAGAGUUGGACAUGGAUGACGGUCGUCAUUCUCCCCCGAUGGUCAAAAAUGCCACCGUCCACCCGGGCCUGGAGUUGCCGCUGAUGAUGGCCAAAGAGAAGCCACCGAUAACUGUAGUCGGAGAUGUUGGCGGGCGCAUCGCAAUCAUAGUGGAUGACAUAAUCGAUGAUGUGGAAAGUUUCGUCGCUGCUGCGGAGAUCCUGAAAGAGAGAGGCGCUUACAAGAUCUAUGUCAUGGCCACUCACGGCAUCCUGUCUGCGGAGGCCCCCCGCCUGAUCGAGGAGUCCUCCAUUGACGAGGUGGUGGUGACGAAUACCGUCCCUCACGAGGUGCAGAAGCUGCAGUGUCCCAAGAUAAAGACCGUGGAUAUCAGUCUGAUCCUUUCUGAAGCGAUUCGGAGAAUCCACAACGGAGAAUCCAUGGCCUACCUUUUCCGCAACAUCACCGUGGAUGACUAGCUACCACGGUCGCCUGGACUGCGGGGCCCCUGCGGAAGACGUGGGGAAAGCGGUGCCGUCGACUUCCAUCCCCGUGUUUCCUUCCAGGGGAGGACUGCAGACAGCCUGGAGCCAUGUAGUCUGUCUUGCCAAGUUCGGGAGGUAGGAGGCAUUGAGCUGGUCAAGGGGAGGACAGAGCUCAUGGAUAAAUGGCCUUAACGUCUGCCAUCCUCAUUCUGUUCCUUAAACACAAGUUACGCUUUCCUGAAAAGCAGCUCCGAAUCUUACCGAGAUGGAAAAGGAGUUAAAGGCAGGUAAGGUCUUAACUCCGUAACCGGCGGUCGGCACCGCGGGGAGCUGUGUGUGUCGGUGUGGAGCUUGGUUAGGGGAGCCGAGCGCCCGGCACUGUCUUCCAUUCUAGUUGUCCUCUCCCCGUCCGACCUCACAGAAGCCUUUCGUAGAAAACCCUCUUUUUCUGUGAGAGGCUGCUGGGCCUCCGGCCGCUGAACAACGAAGCGUGUGUGGCACGACCCCUAGCAAGGAGGUCCGAUUAGAGAGUAGCAUCCCGUCUCUGGACACCUGCGUUGCUCUUCAACUGCAAAUAAAAGUAUUUGUGCUCUU